AUGGGAUGGAAGCAGGUUGUGCUUGGCGCCGGGCUCGCCCGAGGCUUUGGAUCUCCCAGAACUCCGUUGUUCGACUAUGACUGUGCUUCUGUGCAGAAGAGGUCAUCCGGCAUUGACUGGCAGCAGAUUCAUGACGAGGUGACUUUCGCUGUGGAGGAGUCUCAGAAAGGCCGUGCGGGUUUCAGGAUAUGUGCACUCGGGGUUUAUGGUCGUGAAGGGCGCCGUGUCAUAUGGCAGUGA